GGGUGUGGCCGGGGCGGGGAGACAAGGAGGAAGGUGAGCGCGCCGCGAGGAGAGGCGCGUGCCCGCCUCUGCGGCUGCUGCCCGGGAGGCGCGCGCCGGGCCGUUAUCCGGCCCGACCGUCUGCGGGGCGCGGCCGUGAGGCGCUGAGUGCGGGGCGGGCGUGGGCUGAGGCGGGGGCAGCCGCGCGGGGAGCCGCGCUCCGGGGAGCCUCGUGGUCGGGGGGGUCCUCACUACAGGUGGCUGUCAUCCCGCUGGGGGACCUCCUGCUGCUUGCUGCUCCCUCUGUCAGCCUCGGCUGGCGGUGCUGCCGGGCUGCCGUCAUUGCACCCACCUCGUCCUCCCGGCUCCGCGUCCCGCCGCUCUUAAUAGGUGUCGUGGGAACCACUUCCCCAUUCCACCAAACCGCCUGCCGCUCGUGGCUGAGUUUCCUAUUGUGCCGACGCGUAUGCUUCACCGCAGGGGACUCUUAGGCUGAAAAACCGUUCUGCUAGGGGAAGGAAACUAAUCUGGAAUCAUUUUCACACAUCAAAUCGCACAACGGCAAAAAAAAACUGCUGCGAAAGCACGAUAUCAAAGGAGGGGGGAGGGACGCAAAACCUGAAAAUGCCGAAAAAAAGCUCUGCCAGCGUGAGUGAGCGCUGCACACUGACGGGGCUGUUGUUCCGCAGCAGAUCUUGUGUAAGGCGUUCGUGUGCCAGAACAGCUGUGCGUGUGCUGGGAGCGGGGCCCGCCGCAGGACUCGGGGGUGGUUCGAAUUGAGCGCACGGCUUUUGUGCUGCCUCGCUCGUCGUGCGGCCGUCUCGCUUGUAGGGUCACGCUGAAAUACUCCGCGUGGUUUUGGUGCCCCGGUUCUGAACAGCGUGUUAGAAAGGUGAAGGUCUACGGAUCUGGAGGUCUACAUCGUUCCCCAGAGAAGUUUUAAAUUCUGUUCUUCCGUAAAAAAAAAAAAAAAAAAAAAAAAAAAAAAAAAAAAAUCUGCAGGUGGUGUGAUCAAGCUUCCAGCUGCCUUUCGGCAGGACUCAGAAUCCUGAGGGGUUGUUCAAUCUAGAAAAGGCAGGAAGGGGAUCUAAACAAAACAUUUGCAGAGGCGACAGUGACUAGUGGCUGACCUAAGUUGGGAUAUCAUGGAUUUUGUACAUCCAGAAGUCAUCUGAGCAAAUCUCUGUGCUUUGAAUCAGGGCGAGUUAUUGAGUUGCCUCAAAGUAAAUGUGUAACUGUGCAGUUGUUUAUGUCUUGAAAAGGUCAUGGUGAAAUUAGCCACAGGUGAACAAAUCGAGUAACAGAAACUUCAAGAGAGCAAGGUUCUUUCCAAGUGAAUAUCCUUCUGAAGACACAAAGUUUUGUAUUAUGCUAAAUUAAAGAAAUACCUACACCUUAAGGGAAGUAGAAACCUUUUGUUUAUUUAUUUAUUUAUUGUCAUGCUUGCAGGUUUGAGUGUCUGCCAUCUGAGUGUGUUUCUGGUAUGUCAGAGAACGAAGGGUAAAUCUGGUUUAGCUUCAUCGUGGAUUCUUUCCUCAGCUCCAGGAAUCAGUGUAUAUAGUUUAGAUACAGUUAAAUGUUGGCUGCAAAUAGCCAUUUGUGUUAAGUUCAGCAUUUCUUUCCGUAUAACCUCUGACCUUGAAAAGCUGGUACAUAGUGUAUCUCCUGCAAGUUCUAUGGAUUUUUUUCAAAUCCUUUAUUAUAAUCAAUGGAUCUCUAAAAUAGCAUUUUUUUUUUUCCACUAGGUUAGACAUAAAAUCUUCUUUAGACAGUUAGAUUUGAGGGAAAUUUUAUUAUACUUAAUUUCAGUAGUGAUUUGCUGUUUCAUCUUAGUCUGUCUUAGCCCUUAACAAAUUGAAGUAUCUGUCCUACAGAAUUCACAGUAGCGAUGAAAUGAUGUAGUAAUCAAUUUUUACUUCAUUCUUUCCCUGUUUUUAAGAACUUGGAAAGAUGUCUGUGUUCUGCACUGUGAGAGCUGAGUCCACAGAUUGUUUGAAGGAAAAUACUUGCAGACAACAAGUAAGGAUAAUAGAAGGCCCAAGAUGUGUUCUGACAAGUCUUCAGUUGACAGGACAAACUAAGCACUUGUUGCAGCAAUGAAGAACAGCAAAUAUGGGAUGUUGAAAUCUUACAAAUUUAGAAGGCCAUACUCCACCACUGAAUGCUGGAAGAGUUUGAGACUGCUAGAAGAUUUAUUUUACUGAGAGAAAGCUCUGUUUUCAGAUACUGCAGGCUGGAGGAAUCCAUAGAGUCUUUAAACAAGUGUGAAUUCCUGCUCCUGCCCAAGCUGCUGACUGUGUGACAUGAUGCAUAUGUGACCCAUCCAGGCCUUGUUGACAUAGAAAGUUAAAUUGCAAGCUGAACAUCAGGAUAUAGGAUACACGCUCAGCUAAAGGCACUUGGUUAAAGCAAGAAUAUAAAACAUGGACUUCGGUUGCACGGAAGUGUUCAUGAAUUGACAUGGGUCGACAUACUUCUCAAUACCAGGCAAAAAGGAGAAGCCACAACACUUAACUCUGGAUCUGCAGUCUAAGAGGAUUUCUGAGUUCAGUGAAGGGUGCCUGAGAACAGAGUCUGAUAAUCAAGUGAUCUGACGUUCAUGAAUGAGAGGAACAAAAUUUUUCUUUGCACACAUGAAUCCUUUCGUGAGCCCUUGAUGUGAUACUUCUUUCCAAGGGGAAGUGGAAAUCAUGAAACAGGAUUUGAUAUCGUCUGUUCAAAUCAUAUUGUUCCUUCCUCUGACCACAGUGGGUCUGGCAGGUCAAUCAUUCCCUGGAAAACCUAAGAUAAUAAGAUGUCGUUCUCUAGAAAAGGAAACCUUUUCUUGUUGGUGGAAGCCUGGUUCAGAUGGAGGACUUCCUACCAAUUACACCCUGUUCUACAGCAAGGACAGUGAAGAAGAAAUCUAUGAAUGCCCAGACUACAGAACAUCAGGUCCCAAUUCCUGCUACUUCAAUAAAAACCACACUAGUCCGUGGACAACAUUCAAUAUCACUGUAACAGCAACGAAUGAGAUUGGAAGUAACAGCUCGGAUCCUCAGUAUGUGGAUGUGACCUCCAUAGUUCAGCCAGGUUCUCCCGUGAAUCUCACUCUAGAAACAAAAAGAUCUGCCAAUAUAAUGUACCUUUGGGCAAAAUGGUCUCCACCUCUAUUAGCUGAUGCCAACUCUAAUCAUUUAUAUCACUAUGAGCUACGAAUAAAACCUGAGGAAAAGGAAGAGUGGGAGACAAUAUCUGUUGGGGUACAGACACAGUGCAAAAUAAAUAGGUUAAAUGCUGGCAUGAGGUAUGUUGUUCAGGUCCGCUGUACGUUAGACCCUGGAGAAUGGAGUGAAUGGAGCUCUGAAAGACACAUUCUGAUCCCCAGUGGACAGUCACCUCCUGAAAAGCCUACAAUAAUAAAAUGCCGAUCCCCAGAAAAGGAAACAUUUACCUGUUGGUGGAAACCUGGUUUAGACGGAGGGCAUCCUACUAACUAUACUUUACUUUACAGCAAAGAAGGAGAAGAACAAGUUUAUGAAUGUCCAGAUUACAGAACUGCAGGCCCCAAUUCCUGCUACUUUGAUAAAAAACACACUUCUUUCUGGACCAUAUACAACAUUACUGUCAGGGCAACUAAUGAAAUGGGAAGUAACAGCUCUGAUCCUCAUUAUGUGGAUGUGACCUACAUAGUACAGCCAGAUCCUCCUGUGAAUGUAACUCUAGAAUUAAAAAAGCCAAUAAAUAGAAAACCAUAUCUGGUAUUGACAUGGUCUCCACCCCCACUGGCUGAUGUCAGAUCUGGAUGGCUUACCCUCGAGUAUGAAUUGCGACUGAAGCCUGAAGAAGGAGAGGAAUGGGAGACUAUUUUUGUUGGACAGCAAACACAAUAUAAAAUGUUUAGUUUAAAUCCAGGAAAGAAGUACAUUAUACAGAUUCACUGCAAACCUGACCACCAUGGAUCAUGGAGUGAAUGGAGCUCAGAAAACUAUAUUCAGAUUCCUAAUGAUUUCAGAGUAAAAGAUAUGAUUGUGUGGAUCGUUUUGGGUGUCUUAUCAUCUCUCAUAUGUUUAAUCAUGAGCUGGACAAUGGUUUUAAAAGGGUACAGAAUGAUAACUUUUAUCCUACCGCCAGUUCCAGGACCAAAGAUAAAAGGCAUAGAUACACAUCUAUUAGAGACAGGGAAAUCUGAAGAACUGUUGAGUGCUCUUGGUUGCCAUGGCUUCCCUCCAACAUCAGACUGUGAGGAACUACUGAUAGAGUAUCUGGAAGUAGAGGACAGCGAGGAUCAGCAGCUUAUGCCAAGUCAUGACAAUGGUCAUCCCAGUAAAAAUGCAAAAAUUACACGCAAGGAAACAGACAGUGACUCAGGACGAGGGAGCUGUGAUAGCCCUUCUCUGCUUUCUGAAAAGUGCAGGGAGACCUGUGCCCUUCCAUCAGUGCUUCAAACACAAGAAGUAAGAGAUGUUCAAGAAAAGAAAGCGGCGAAAAGGAGCUGGGAAACUCAGUAUGUAGCCUCAGAACGAAAAGCACUCCUUUCCAACAGUGAGAGUGCAAAAUCAUCCACAUGGCCUGCAGUUCAGUUACCUAACAAUCAGCCUCCUAUGUUUGCCUAUCACAGCAUUGUAGAUGCGCAUAAGAUAACACUGAAUACCACAAAUACGAAUGUUGCAGCAGUUUUGGUGGAAGAUGAAGAAGAGCAUCAAUCACAGUGUUCUCUCACUGAAACCAUCCCUGGAGAGAUGGAAAAGCAAGGAGAGAUGGAGAAUUUGCAUUCCAAAACCGAGCAAACCACAGCACAGGUCAAACAAAACAGGUCUAAUGAAAGGUUACCAUUUUUGGAUGCUGCGCUCAUGGAUUAUGUAGAAGUUCACAAAGUCAUCAGACAGGAUGAGGAACCAGCAGUGUUACUGAAACAUAAAGAAAACAGUGGGAAGAUUGAAAAAUACACUAUUUCAGGAGCCAGCAAAGAAUACACAAAGGUCUCAACAGUUAUGGACCAUAAUAUUCUAGUAUUAAUGCCAGAUUCACGAGUUCCGCACACGCCUGCAUCUCAAGAACCUGCAAAAGAAACGUCUCAGAGCCUUCAGCAAGGUCAAGUUGAAAAAAACAUGAGCUAUUGUCUGACAGCUCCAAGUGACUGCAAAAGAGAAACUGGUGGAUCAGAGUACAUGGACCCAUCCUCAUUUAUGCCCUCCUUUAAGUAACUAAAAGUUUGAUCACUCUUCAUCAGGUAAUGCUACAGAAUGGAUCAAAUACAAUCAGUAUAAUAAUGCUACAGUUUAAGAUUAUGCUACUACAUCACAACUGUUUCCUAGCUGAUAAGUCUGUGAUUUAUGUGUAUGAUUUUGUUAAUAGUUAUGUACAGUAAAGAAAAAAAACAAACACAUAGCACAUAGUUCCUUAAAAAAAUAGCCUUCUAUGUGUGUUAUAUAAAGAAUAGAAUAAACUGUGGGUUGACAUAAUAAUCAUAGAAGUAAAUCCUGAAUCACUGACACACGUUUCUUACAGAAGGGAAUGUGGAAAUGGUACUCUAUGCCAUGAAAAAUACAUUGUGAAUUAGUUAUUCACUUCUACAGUUCUUCUGUUAUUUGAUUAAACCUAAGGGAAUUUUGCAGAUUCAACAAAGACUGAGGUUGUUAUGGCUUGGUAUACCAUAAUUGUCUGAGCAGUUUCUUAAUCAGAUAAAUCAUUACACAGUAACACUGAUCUACAAUGUAUUUUUUUUUCUGAAUGUAUUGUGACAUUAGAUUAAGUUUUCUUUAUAUUCUUUCUCAAUUCUUAAGAAAAAUGAAGCUCUUGUGUAUGAAAAAAAUCAUAUAUGAAAGAGAAUAUAUUUAACUAAUAGCAUUAAAAUAACAAAUUCUUCACUGUAUGACAGAAAACUUUGCAUCCUAUUCCAAUCAAACCAAACACAAAAAAAAAUAGCGGAACACUAUUUGAUACACUGCCUUACUGUAUAUAUUAUACAAUUCUACUUUAGUACAAUCCCAUACAUUUAACAAUGUAUUUUUAAAGGCUAUUUUUCUACUACCAAGAAAAAAAAAAAGCAAAAUAAAAUAUUUUUAAUUUCCCAAUGCUAUUUUGCUAAUUAGCAACUUUUCUGUUUCCUUCUGCUGAAACAGAGGUAACAAGUAAAGCUGCCAUUUCUAUACAAAGCAUAAAAUUAAACUUUAUACUAAUUAAGAACAUGAAGUAAUUUUUAAACUAUAUUUCUAAUAUAUUGCUGAUGUAUUACUAUUUGAAUUGUAAAUUAUUUAUUUCAGAUGUUUUUUACCAGCUGUUAUUAUAAAAUUAAAAUAGAAUCUAGGUUUUGAGAGUAAAGCUUCUUUCCCACUUAGUUUGUACUCUGUUGUCAAUCAUGAUCAUCUGCAUCCUUAGCCAUUGUGUGCAUUUUUAUCUGAGCUGGGAAGGCAAGUUUGAAGUCAGACUUGUCAUAAUGAACUUACCAAAAUGAAUUCUGGAAUCCGUCCUUCACAAUCAAAAUAUGAGGCAUAACUUCAUAGUCAGUGCUCUGCUGAAGGAGUGAUGGGAGUGAGAAAAGAGUCCAUAUAGCUGGGCUGGACAGCUGCCCAAGGAACAGCAGUGGAAACACUGCAGAUUCUUCUUACCAUGUGUAACUGAAGGAGGAUUCAAAAUGGUAGUGGAAUCACUAUGAACUCAUUAUGGCCCUUCUUGAAACAAAAGUUUAAUAUACUCCAGGGAAGUAUGAGCAAAUGAUGGCUGAUGAAAGCUGGGUCAAGUAUUUAGCAAAUAGCGCUAGCUUCAGGGGGAAUUAGGAGCAUGAGGUAAACAAAAUUGUGUACAUGUUGUGGAAAGUAUAUUUACCAUAGAUAAGCUCUCUUCUGUCUUGUCCUUCCUGUACAGCUUCAUAUUUCUCUAGCUUUUUAUGAUUUUUUGCACUGAGCCAGCCUUCCUGCAGUGUCAGGUAACCUUCUGCAGAGCCACACAAAACAGAUUCUCUGAUGUUGAAGGUUACAGAAGGCUGCAUCUACUUUGUCAAAUCAGAUUCUCAUAUUAUACUUCCAUGCCAUGGAACUGCUCAAAUACAGAUCUGUUAAGCUGUCUAGUCCUUUCACUGGCAGGACUUUAGUUUUUAACUAAUUAUCUGUGUGUAUAUAAACACGUGUUGGGGAUACUGCAACUUUUACUUUAGGCAUCAAAUGUAGAGUCUCUGAACUCUUCUUACAAUGUACUGCCCACUUCUGGAGGCUGAUCAGGGCAGUUUGGAUGUUCUGCUGAAUGCAUAGCGAGAGAUCUUAAAUUCUUAAUUCAGCCACUCAGAUUAGCACUUGAAGACAUGAAGUGGCUACUUCAGAGAGCAGCCAAGCAUAAAAUUUUGUUUAGUUAUAGGUAACAAGACAAUUUUAUUGUAGCAUUUUUAGUAUAUCUUAUAGAUUUUCUAGAAUAUUAAGAAGUACUGCAAAGAAAUUAUCAAGCUAUCAGUCAAAAUUGGAAUGUUUUGCAGGACAGUAAUAUCUGCGUGUCCAUGCAUUUAAGCUGAUGGUAUACUAUCUCCUUCUGACAGUGCUUCAUUCUUCUGAUUGUAAUGCUCCAUUUUUCUGGUUGAGUCUCAAAGAGCUGAUCCUUAUAAGACAUGUUCUCUUACCUUACACAGAUAUUCAUACCUGACCCGAGCAGUUAUUUUCUACUCCUAAUAGCAUGUACAAGGAUGUGCUGCUGCAGGCCUUUUUUUUUUUUUUUAUUCCUCUGGUGAUGCAUAGAGGCUAUCGAAUCUUAUCAGACUACAGCUUAAUGAUGUUCCUUAUGUAGUGCAUUUUGGGGCCAUUUACAGGUUGUUACAGAGCAUGUGACGAGGUGUCAGCAGCAGGCUGUUGCUAUUCUACUGGUUACGUUUGAUCAUAGGCAGGCAGAUACAACUUAUAGCAGAUUUGAAGUGUACUGUUUGUCCUGCCUAACUGCAAGUAUCUGUACAUGUACCUAGUUUUUAUUAUAGGCAUAGAGUCUAGAGCAUGAUUUGCCUGAAAAAUACUUGUUUCUGUUUCAGGAAGAGAUACUCUAAACUCCACUGACUGUUACUACAUUUGUCUUAGAUUGCUCUAAUCAGAGCGUGUGGCUCUCUAGUCUAAAAAUCAAAAUUCAAAUCUUUUUUUUUUUUUUUUUUGAAAACAUUUUCUGAAUUGACAAUGCUUAAAUUGAAAAUUAUAGUCUGUGUUAAUAUUGUGAGGUUUGUCCAAUUCUGUUGCAGCUUUUGGGUCCCAGGAACAUCAUUAACUUUAACACCUUGAGUUCAGAAAGCCCAAAAGAUCAGCUUUUCUUCUAAGCUGCCAGAAGAAAAAAACAAACAAUCAAACAAACAAACAAAAACCCAUGACUAUUUUUCCAUGAAAAAAAAAAAAAAAACCAAAACCAAGAUUACAAGGUACUCAAAAGAAGGCCCCUCCAAUAGUUCACUGAUUCUCCAUCAGGAAGAAAAACUGAGACAGAGUUUUUCUAUGCCUAUCCAUAAAUUAGUUCUGAAACUGCAAGUUAGCUGUAGCUUAAAUUACUUCAUGGGGCAUAAAUUCUUUCUCACCAUUGCCAGUGAGAGUCCCAUGAUGCCAAAUCAUUAUGGCUUUCUGUGAAGUCAGGAAUUCUACCAGAGUGAAAGCAACACAUUUUUGAUUGCUCGGAAGUAGCCAAGCUUUUUGAAGAAUCUGCUAGCUAAAUAUGACCUGAACACAUUUUUCAUGAACAUACGUCAUCCUUUAGGCUGAACAAAUGUGCAGUUGGAUUAUUUUUCCUUUGGAUGCACUUUCGUUGUCCAAAACAACCUACUUCCCGGGUGGGAGUAACACCUUCUAAAAGUGGCCUUGAACAUCUACACAGAACUUUUGCACAUCAAAAGAGAAUACAAUUCUGUAAAAUCAGAAUAAUCUUCAGCUAAGUUUGAGGGCCUUUGGAUGUUAAAAUAUUUCAUUCUGUCUUGUUUGCAACAUUAUUUUUUAUUACAGCUCUUCAAGGAAUAGCUUUUUGUUAUGAAAUAGAUGAGAUUUUGUAGCAAUUGUACACAGUGGAUUCUUGUAAAGUUAUGGUACACCCUUAUGUAAUAACAGGUUCCUGACACCUUCUUCGAUAUACAGUGGUUUAACAUGUAACAGAGUUUACCCCAGGAACUGGGAUUAGCCCCCCCAGGUCUUGCACCAAAUUUCUCACUUUGAGUGAAGUUUGAAUGUUUGGGGUUUUUUCUGUGUUAACUGUGUCACUUCUAAAUUUCAGUAGCAUAAAAGGCUUAAAAGGCUCUUCAGAAAAUCAAUUUUAUAAAUUCAUAAAUUUGAAUAUACAUUUUAAUUAAUAAUUUUAUUAACAGUUUUCUUCAGUAUUGAGAAAUAUAACUCAUUCUAACUUUUCAAAUUAGAGUUUUUCUUUUAGCAAGGACAACUUUGAUGUACAAUUCUGGUAUUUCAAUAUGGUGUUCCUGACUUGAAGAAAUCUAAUUUACUGAAGUGGACAUGUGCUGCCAAAACUUACUUUCACAUAAAAUGAAGGUUUGAGGAACGCUCUUGAUGAUACUAUGUUACUACAAGGGAUUAUUUAAUUAAAGUGUAGUCAUUUGACCUUAUAUAAUACUACUAAGGGGAUAUAUGUGUUUAUAGAACAAACUGAAACACAAAAAUAUAGUACUAAUUAGUUUAUGUUAAAGCAGUGAAUUCUGUGGUGUAUUUGUUUAUGUGUAUAUGUUUAGAUGGCUGGAAAAUCUAUAGUUGCUUUAAAUGUAAUUCAAGUAUUUAAAGUGUAGUAACAGCGGAUGUUAAAAGUGAAUAAGAACCAUUUUGUUUGUUAUCUCUGAAGCACUGUGUAUGUGGAGUUCACAUCAUUAAGCUUGUAAAUGUGUUUGGUAAUUUCUCAUCAACUCUAAAGAAUUUGAAAGCAUUGGGCAAGGAUACCAAAGUCAUCUAAGCCAGUUUAUGAAUAGUAGACAUUUUCUACAAAGCCAUAAAGACAAAUGAAAUGAAAGUUUCGUGAGAUCAGGCACCAUAUUCUUAAAGAAUCACUACCUCAGGUGUUUUGUGGGUUUUUUUUCCACUCCCUUUAAAAAGACAGACAAGCAUUUUCCUUUGUGUGUCAAACCGCAAAUUGACUUAAAAUGUUGUUUGUAAUAUCUGAAUUGUUUUUAAUGAACAACUUGUCGUGAAAUCAUCAGUUUUGUCCCACUAGUAGUACUAGAAUGGGAUGUCAGAGAUGCAUAGCUAAAUAGGAAGAGUUUUUAUGUGGGAAGAAAAAUAACAAAGAAGUUUUCAUCUUGUAGGGAAAGCCAUGCUGACCAGCUUGGCAGUCACAGUUUUCCCCUUCCUGUUUUUUGCCACUGCCUGUGUGCUCAAUGCUCAACUCAUUAGGACUGAGAAAGCUGAGUUCUCAGAGGUGCUCUGAUUCUGGAUCCCACCAAUGGAACUAAGCAUUUGUUAGUACGUUCUAUUUAGGAAGACCUGUUUUCAGUUGAGUUUCUGAGAAGGAAAUCUUCAAAUUGUUCCUGAGUGAGUGAAAAGGGAGACUAGCCAUGCUUUCAACUGUUACAAAACACAUAUUAAAAACCAAGUCACUGACUUCCUUCAGCUCCAGUGAUAGUAGUGUGGAAGGAUUGACUGAACUACACUGAGCUGGAAGAAUCAUGUGGCUUGGCCUUGAAAAUCCUCUUGAAACAAAGGAAUUUCUUCAUCUCUCCUGUGUAUGUCAAGCAGGAGAUAAGAGGAAUACAGAAACACAUUGUGUAUGACGAAGAAAGAGUGUUUUAUGACGGGAGGAGGGACAUGGUUGCUGCAUGUGUCAGAACAGAAGAGUACAAUCAGUAUGCUGUAGGAUGGUGACUGCAGUUGAGAAGACAGGGAGGGAGAACAAAAAAAUGAAAACAAAAGAAUAAAAUGUAAGAGUAGAUUAAAAGAAAUAUCCAACAGUAAAGUGAUAAAUGUGUUUUUAAGGGGGAAAAAAAUACUUCUACAUCAAAAAUAGGAAUAUGGACAGCUACUGGACAUAGUCCACAAAAAAUAGUAAUGCCUCAUUAUGUGCUAACCUGUUGGUAAGAUGCUGAAAUUGGCUACUACAGAUCAUCUAUUACAUAAAAAGUGAAAAAGACUUAUACAUGAAAGUUGGUCACUCUGUUUCUAUUAAUUAUGGGAUUUUCUCCUGAUAAUCUGGUAUUGGUCCGUGGCAAACCAUGUUUGAAGGGCCACGCCCCUCAUCUAAUCUGCUGUUGCAUUUCCUACAUUCCUAAGGAAAAAUUCAACAAAAUAAAGUGUACCACACUGUCUUUAAAUUAAACUUCAAUUAUUUUUUUUUUUUACACAUGAUUUUUAUUUAUCCAUUUACAGUGUCUCACAGAUACACUUACCAUUCUUAAACAUUCUUCUAUUGAUGAAAUGAGCUACAAGCUCCAAGAGAUAAAGAAUUUUGUGGAUACUAGUAAAUGGUCUGUAGGCAUUUCUGGGCAUUCCUUAGUUUGUACCUGUGACAAUCGAAACAUGUAUGACAAGACAUGACAAUCAUUAACGUUUUCCUUAAUCACGAAGUCCAUGUCUUGGUGAUAAAUUCUGAGAUUUACCAAGACAUUUAAAAUACAUUUCUGCCAUGUAAUGUAAGUUCUUAAGAGAGGUAAUGCAUGUUGAAAAUAACUCAAAAGAUGUCUGAAUUAUUUGUAUGGGUUCUUGCCAUGCCAGUAGGCAAAAAACUGGGUGUAUACUCAACAUCAGUGCACAGAGAAGUUAGAAAUAAGGAAUAUUUUUCACAUUUUUUAUUGUCAGAAUUCAGAGCUAUUAUGCAGUUUGACUCUGUGAUGCUGCUUGUUUUGGUCUAUGUCUUUAUCUAAUGAUAAUUUUUUCUUUGGAGAAUGCUGCUUCUGUUUUAGUGAGCUCUUGAGUACCUUCACUUCAUUUUGACAUAAGUAAAAAUGGACAGAUUUCACUUCAUUUCCUACAAGGAUCGUAAUGGUCGGAUUUAAAGACACAGCACUAAGCAGAAUUUUUAGAGGAUGCUGGAAACCUUUGUAGAUGUCACUAAUAGAAAGUAUCCCUUGAGCAGGACAGAUAAUUUUGUAUGUUAAGGAAUAUACAGAUUUUUCUACAAAAUGCAGGUGAAAGUAUUAUGAUGUCAAACAAUAAGUUUUAAAGUUCAUAACACUGUAGACUACUCUGAAUUCUCAUCCCCGGGUCCAUCAUUCCAGAAGGAAGAGGAAAAACUACUACUCAGAUAUACUCAGAAGGGAUCCCCUGGGCUGCUACACUGUUGUUCAUUUUUCAUCUUGUAAAGCAGUUUUUAAUUCUGACCACAAAUGCCACUCUUCAUCUGGAAUGGCACAGCCAUCAGUUUUGUAAAUGCAUUAUAUUUCUCAGAGAUACUCAGCACUGUCUGAAUUUCUGAAAUAUUUAUAUUGUGCUUCAUAUAAUUUUUUGAGUCAAUAUGUAAAACAGCAGUAUCAGAGUUCCCAUUCUGAAUAGGUACUGCCAAGGAAAAAAAAUACCAAGAAUCACUAAUUAACUGUAUUCGUUUGAAUUUCUGGCAUGCUGUUAAAUGCAGAGGAAAGUCUCUGGAACUUCCUUGUCUUUGAUAGUGGCAGCAGGUCUCUCAAAGAAACGUAGGUAUAAAUCAAAUUGCAUGUUCUAAACAGCGUGCACAAUAAACAACAGGCUUUUCAUCUAAGAAAGAGCCAGUCCGAUAUUUAAGGCUUUUUGUUGCAUUUUUUAUAUUUGUGUAAACAAAUUCAUUCUUAGUCUUGCAAUAAAAGCUAGGCAUUUUUUUUCAAUUCCACUUUCAGAAUUUGCAAGCAACCUGGAAUAUUCAAGUUAUUGUAGUGUCAUUACUUUAGCAGCACAGUGACUUGAAGCACAAUUAUUCUAUGAACCAGACCCGAACGUUUUGUAAAUUUCUAAAAUUUAAAGAAUGAUAGAAAGUAGAUUUCAUAUUCAGUAUGUACAUUGGUUGGAAUGUACUGGUAUAAAAACAGUUGCUCAGGAAUUCUUCAUUGUUUCUAAGUGUAUUUGAAGGAAAAUGCUUUAAAAUUAUGUAUUUUUUAAGUUCUUAAUAUUGAAAAUGCUGGCUUUAAUAAAAUCUGUUAGCAAUUUCACUUGUAAGAUCAAUAUUGUUACUGAAGUCUGUAGCUUUCUGGUGGACUUUUCUAUAUUUUGUCAUUGUAAAAUCUCUUUGCAAUGGUGUUCGCAUUUCAAUUUAAUAAAAGCUCUUGAAUAGGA